AGAGCACUAAACCUCAGUCUCAGGCACCAUGAAGACCUUUCUUCUGCUAGCAACUGUGGGCCUAUGCUGGGCACAAUACAACCCAAAUACAAAAGAUGGGAAGACAUCUAUUGUCCACCUUUUUGAAUGGCGUUGGGCUGACAUUGCUCUUGAAUGUGAACGGUAUUUAAAACCCAAUGGAUAUGGUGGAGUUCAGAUAUCGCCUCCAAAUGAAAAUAUUAUUAUCAACAACCCCAGCAGACCGUGGUGGGAAAGGUACCAGCCCAUCAGCUACAAACUGUGCACCCGAUCUGGAAAUGAAAAUGAAUUUAAAGACAUGGUGACCCGAUGCAACAAUGCUGGAGUUUAUAUUUAUGUGGAUGCUGUAGUCAACCACAUGUGUGGAUCAGGUGUAGGCUCUGGAAAUGGUGCCACUUGUGGAAGUUAUUACAACGCAGGGAACAGAGAUUUUCCAGCUGUCCCGUACUCAGCCUGGGACUUUAAUGAUGGUAAAUGUAAAACUGGAAGUGGAGAUAUUGAAAAUUACAAUGAUUUGAAUCAGGUUCGUGACUGCCGCCUGGUCAGUCUUCUUGAUCUUGCCCUGGAGAAGGACUAUGUGCGCACAAAAGUUGCUGACUACAUGAACCACCUCAUUGAUAUUGGUGUGGCAGGCUUCAGAAUUGAUGCUUCCAAGCACAUGUGGCCUGGAGAUAUGAAGGCAUUUUUAGGCAAACUGCACAACCUAAAUACUCAAUGGUUUCCCUCUAACACCAAGCCUUUCAUUUACCAGGAGGUAAUUGACUUGGGUGGAGAAGCAAUUAAAGCCAGUGACUACUUCGAAAAUGGCCGAGUGACUGAAUUCAAAUAUGGUGCAAAACUGGGGACCGUCAUCCGCAAAUGGAAUGGAGAAAAGAUGGCCUAUUUAAAGAACUGGGGAGAAGGCUGGGGUUUCAUGCCCUCUGACAGAGCCCUUGUCUUUGUGGAUAAUCAUGACAACCAAAGGGGCCAUGGUGCUGGAGGAGCUUCUAUUCUAACCUUCUGGGAUGCCCGAUUAUAUAAAAUGGCGGUUGGUUUCAUGCUUGCUCAUCCUUAUGGAUUCACACGGGUAAUGUCAAGCUACCGGUGGACAAGAAAUUUCCAGAAUGGAAAGGAUGUUAAUGACUGGAUAGGACCACCAAGCAAUGGUGAUGGCUCCACCAAAGCUGUUACAAUCAAUGCGGAUUCCACUUGUGGCAAUGGUUGGGUCUGUGAACAUAGGUGGCGUCAAAUAAGGAACAUGGCUAUUUUCCGUAAUGUGGUUAAUGGCCAAGCUUUCUCAAACUGGUGGGACAAUGGUAGCAAUCAAGUGGCUUUUGGGCGUGGUAAUAAAGGCUUCAUCGUCUUUAAUAAUGAUGACUGGGCCUUGAAUACAAAUUUGCAAACUGGCCUUCCUGCUGGCACUUAUUGUGAUGUUAUUUCUGGGCAAAAGGAGGGCAACUCCUGUACUGGAAUCAAAGUCAACGUUGGUUCUGACGGCAUUGCCAAUUUCCAGAUUAGUAACCAGGCUGAAGAUCCUUUCAUUGCAAUUCAUGUGAACGAUAAAUUGUAAUGUAAACUGGACGCAUCUCUUCCCUUGGUUUUUCACACUGCACUUUGUUUUGUUUUCUGAGCAUGCAGCAAUGAAUAAUCUUUUAAUUAAGAAAUAAAUAGUAGUGGAGCAAAA